AUGUCCAGGUGGCACGUGGACGACAGCGACGAGCGGCUGCCUGACUCGUCGACUGCCAUACAGGACCGCGCAGUUUGCCGCACUUUGUUCGCCGCCACCUCUGGCGUGUCUGGCCAUACGCAAAUGCGGUGCGGUGGUCCCUUGCCUGUAGAACCGGGGUGGUACAAGCAGUUCGCUCGCGGACAAUCGUGCCGCCGUGCAGCGUCGGAGGCACCGUGCGCUCGCCGAGUCGCAAAGCGGGUGACGCCGUUCUCGAGAUGUCACUGCGGCGGGCCCACCCAGGGCAGUUUGAGAGGCGCGUCCGGACUUGACACGUUUGACACGCACGCGACGUUUGGGCCGACGAUCCCCCGCGGCGCUUCGACUCUUCUUCGCUGGACCAACGAGUACGCCGCCGCCAACGAUGCCGCGUCGGCGGCCAGGACGCUGCCGCCGCGGGGGGCCAGCACCACCGCGGCGGCCGUCCGCCGAGAGUUUCUCAGCGAGGCGGAGCUGUGCAGUGCGUGCGGGGAGCUGAUCGCCGACCGGUUCUUGCUGCGUGUGAGCGACAGCUCGUGGCACGCACGCUGCUUGCGGUGCUGUGUGUGCGGGGCACCCUUGGACCGGCAGCCGUCGUGCUUCGUGCGACACGGAAGCGUCUACUGCCGACACGACUACGUCCGCCAGUUCGCUGCCAAGUGCGCCAAGUGUAGCCGGGCCAUCGGUGCCUCCGACUGGGUCCGGCGUGCCCGUGAGCAGGUCUACCAUUUGGCCUGCUUCGCUUGUGACGCCUGCAAGCGGCAGCUCUCCACCGGUGAGGAGUUCGCGCUGCAUGACGGACGGGUGCUGUGCAAAAGCCAUUACUUCGAGCUACUCGACGGGGCUUCCGGAUCCAACGACGAAAACAGCGAACAGGAGUGCGGGUCAGGAAGCUCUGGUGGUGGCUCAGGUGGAGGAGGCGGCUCCAAAGCCAAGACAAAGCGAGUGCGUACAACCUUUACCGAAGAGCAGCUACAGGUGCUGCAGGCCAACUUCAACCUGGACUCGAACCCGGACGGGCAGGACCUGGAGCGCAUCGCGCAGAUCACGGGGCUCAGCAAGCGCGUCACCCAGGUGUGGUUCCAGAACUCACGCGCCCGUCAAAAGAAGUACUUCAACAACCAGGCAAAAAAAGUGAACACAGUGAGUGGUGGUGCGGUGUCCGCUGGUCCGGCCUGUUCCGGUUGUGGCAUGCUGUACUGCCUGUGCGCGCACCAAGGCCUGCCCAUGGGACAAGUGACGUGA